AAUGGGACUGUAAGAAAAAAGAAAACACCAUGAUGAUGAGGAUGAGGAGGAGGAGGAUGAUGAGGAGGAGAAUGUCAAAUCCACUCGUGUAAAAGAAGAAAACACCGUCAGCUUUCAGCUCAGGGUGGAGGAUGAACUGUCGUGUCCGAGCUGGAUUUGAGGCAUCAGGAAGGGCACCGGCGCGUUGCUAAAUGGAGUCGGAGCAGCUGUACCACAGAGGCUACUGCAGGAACAGCUACAACAGCAUCGCCAGCGCCAGCAGCGACGAGGAGCUGCUGGAUGGAGCCGGCGUCAUCAUGGACUUCCACACCACCGAGGACGACAACCUGCUGGAUGGGGACGCUGCCUCCCCAGGGUCUAACUACGCCAUGUCUAACGGGGGCGGGGCGCCCAGCAGCACUACCCACCUUUUGGACUUCCUAGAGGAGCCCAUACCUGGUGUGGGGACCUACGACGACUUCCACACCAUCGACUGGGUCCGCGAGAAGUGCAAGGAUCGCGAGAGGCACCGGAAGAUCAACAGUAAGAAAAAGGAGUCGGCAUGGGAGUUCACAAAGAGCCUGUACGACGCCUGGUCUGGCUGGCUGGUGGUGACGCUCACUGGCUUGGCCUCAGGUGCUCUGGCCGGCCUGAUCGACAUCGCCGCCGACUGGAUGAACGACCUGAAGGAGGGCGUGUGUCUGAGCGCCAUGUGGUUCAACCACGAGCAGUGCUGCUGGACGUCCAACGAGACCACCUUCGCCGAGCGGGACAAGUGCCCUCAGUGGAAGAGCUGGGCCGAGCUGAUCCUGGGGCAGGCGGAGGGCCCCGGCUCGUACAUCAUGAACUACUUCAUGUACAUCUACUGGGCUCUGUCGUUCGCCUUCCUCGCCGUCUGUCUGGUCAAGGUGUUCGCCCCGUACGCCUGCGGCUCGGGGAUCCCUGAGAUCAAGACCAUCCUGAGCGGGUUCAUCAUCAGGGGAUACCUGGGCAAAUGGACCUUGAUGAUCAAGACCAUCACUCUGGUGCUGGCUGUGGCGUCUGGCCUCAGCCUGGGGAAGGAGGGCCCUCUGGUCCACGUGGCCUGCUGCUGCGGGAACAUCUUCUCGUACCUUUUCCCCAAGUACAGCAAGAACGAAGCCAAGAAACGAGAGGUUCUCUCAGCUGCGUCGGCGGCCGGAGUGUCCGUCGCUUUUGGAGCCCCGAUUGGAGGAGUGCUGUUCAGCUUGGAGGAGGUGAGCUACUACUUCCCUCUGAAGACGCUGUGGCGCUCCUUCUUCGCCGCCCUGGUGGCGGCCUUCGUCCUGCGCUCCAUCAACCCGUUCGGUAACAGCCGACUGGUGCUGUUCUACGUGGAGUACCACACGCCGUGGUACCUGUUCGAGCUCAUCCCCUUCAUCCUUCUGGGGGUUUUCGGGGGCCUCUGGGGGGCCUUCUUCAUCCGAGCCAACAUCGCCUGGUGCCGGCGGCGCAAGUCGACGCGCUUCGGCAAGUACCCGGUGCUGGAGGUCAUCUUGGUGGCGGCCAUCACAGCUGUAGUUGCUUUCCCGAAUCCGUACACGCGGCAGAACACCAGCGAGCUGAUAAAGGAGCUGUUCACCGACUGCGGCCCGCUGGAGUCCUCGCAGCUCUGCCAGUACCGCAGCCAGAUGAACGGCAGUAAGUCCUUCAGCGACAACCCCAACCGGCCGGCGGGGCCCGGCGUCUACGCCGCCAUGUGGCAGCUCUGCCUGGCGCUCAUCUUUAAAAUCAUCAUGACCAUUUUCACCUUCGGACUCAAGGUACCGUCGGGUUUGUUCAUCCCCAGCAUGGCCAUCGGGGCGAUCGCAGGGCGAAUCGUUGGCAUCGCCAUGGAGCAGCUCGCCUACUAUCACCACGACUGGUUCUUGUUCAAAGAGUGGUGCGAGGUGGGAGCCGACUGCAUCACCCCAGGACUCUACGCCAUGGUGGGGGCAGCGGCGUGUCUGGGCGGCGUGACUCGUAUGACCGUCUCCCUGGUCGUCAUCGUCUUCGAGCUGACCGGCGGGCUGGAGUACAUCGUCCCCCUCAUGGCCGCCGUCAUGACCAGCAAAUGGGUGGGCGACGCGUUCGGCCGCGAGGGAAUCUACGAGGCCCACAUCCGCCUGAACGGAUACCCCUUCCUGGACGCCAAGGAGGAGUUCACGCACACCACGCUGGCCAGGGAGGUGAUGAGGCCUCGACGCAGCGACCCGCCGUUGGCGGUGCUGACGCAGGACGACCUGACGGUGGAGGAGCUGCAGGCCACCAUCAAUGAAACCAGUUAUAAUGGUUUCCCUGUGAUAGUUUCUAAAGAGUCCCAGAGGCUGGUGGGCUUUGCUCUGCGCAGGGACAUCACUAUCGCUAUAGAAAACGCUCGCCGCAAGCAGGAGGGCAUCAUGUUAAACUCCAGGGUGUACUUCACCCAGCACGCGCCCACCCUGCCGGCCGACAGCCCCCGGCCCCUCAAACUGCGCUCCAUCCUGGACAUGAGCCCCUUCACCGUCACCGACCACACCCCCAUGGAGAUCGUGGUGGACAUCUUCAGAAAGCUCGGGCUGCGCCAGUGCCUGGUCACUCACAACGGGAUUGUGUUGGGCAUCAUCACAAAGAAGAAUAUAUUAGAGCAUCUGGAGGAGCUCAAGCAGCACACGGAGCCCCUGGCGGCUUCUUGGUAUUAUCACAAAAAAAGAUAUCCUUCGUCACAUGGCUCAAAUGGCAAACCAAGAUCCCGAGUCCAUCAUGUUCAACUGAUCCGCUCCUUCCAGGACAGCUGGGGGGGGAGAAGGGGAUACGACAGCGGCGAGCAGGAGGUGGAGGAGGAGGAGGAGGAGGUGCGCCUCCUGGACGGCUCCAAUCUCUGACAUUCGGAUUUUUGUUUUUUGUUUUUUUGUUCUCAGCUGUGUCGACCCUGAACCUCGCCGGAGACUUUUACCGGCCACGAGAGCGAAAAGACACGAUAAAAAAAACAAAACUUUGUUAUCAUUGUGGCUGCUGAGGACACGAGGAGGUCACGAGGAGGUCACGGGGUCGAAGGCGCACACACACACACACAUGAGGAAUGCACUUUGUACACACAAACACACUUUUUGCACUCGCACACACCUCAAACAUGCAUGCUCUCUCUCCUCACACACACACACACACACACUAACCCUGUAACUCAUGCACUCUUCAUGUGCCUCACCUUUUGUCCCGCCUCCGCCGAGGUCGUGGUCGCCCCGGCCUGAAGGUCAAAGGUCAGAAUGAACCGCCGACGAUGAGUGGACCUUUAAAAAAAAAAAAAAGAAGAAAAACAACCUCCAGGCUUCUGUUGAGACGAGCUCGCUUUCCUCACCGCCCUGCUGCACACCACACACACCAUGACGUGUCCGUCCUCCUGAAGAAAUACAUUGUUUACCUGUGAAUCAAGUGUGUGUGUGUGUGUGUGUGUGUGUGUGUGUGUGUGUGUCCCUAGCGUCACUACAUUCCAGCCAGGUUACCAUGGGAACUGAGAGGACGUGUCCCUGCUCCUCGCCCCCCCCAGGAAGAAAACGUGGCAGCAGCUCAUGAUCGCAUGGUGCACGGCUGCUCACCUGGGCGCACGUUGGUGUAAAUGUGUGUGUGUGUUUGUGUGUGUGUGUGUGUGUGUGUGAGUGUGAGAGAGAGAGAGAGGGGAGGUAGAGAGACAAAGAUGGGUACUGUACUUCAAGAACAAACGAUGAAAAAAGAAGGAAAACGGUGACAGAGUAAAAACUUCUGUGAGUGUGUGUGUUUUCAUUUCUGAGCCAGCUUGAGCUUUGUGUGUGUGUGUGUGUGUGUGUGUGUGUGUGUGUGUGAAGGCAGGUCAAGUGUGUACGUAAAAGAAAACAAAGAGUGUGUCCAGGUUCUUCUGUGUUUUCUGAAAUUCUCCUUUUUUUUUUCUUCUCGCGCUCUCGCGACUUCUUUCUAGACCGUCGACCUUUAAAUCAGACUCGAAGACACAAAACUGGAAAUCUGAAUCGGUUAAAGUCGGAGGAAGGACUCAUUGUCAUGAGCAGUUCAUCUCGUGUAGUUUAUCAGAAGAAAAGCGCCACAUCGAAUCUUUGGAAGCUCAAUUUACACAACAAAAUAAAAAACACAAAUGAUUGGCUCCAGGAAACGGAAGUGUUUGAUUUAACCUGCGUCAUGUGGCGGGUGGAAGUUGAUCAGAUAGUUAAAAAUAAAAUUUUAAAAACAAGAAAUAAAUCAGUAAAAUUUCAGACAUCUAUGACUUUUACCAUAAAUAUUACUUGAGCCCAAUGUUAACCUUUAUAAAAAUGGUUGUUUUACGGUCCAAAACUUUCAAAUCAUCCUGAUAUAAACCAGAAUAAAUCUGUAAAUCGUUGAAUUUUAGACGCCUGAAACAUAAACGAUGUAAAUAAUGAAUCAAAAGAUGAAAAUCUUAAAAGUUUCUCUUAAAAGAGUGAGUCGAUAUAUACGAUCCUGAAUAAAUAAAUAAUGAAACUAUGCGGUACUUAAAAAAAUAAAGAUUAUAGUUGAUGACGAGCUUUCAAGCUGAAAGAAUUAUUGCACAAACUCUUCAUCUCAUGAUCAGGACUGACGCUGUCGAAAGCUCUGGAAUAACUGGACCUUUAGUGAAGUUUUUAAAUUCUUCCUUUUUAAUCAUCUCAAGAUCAACAUGAGAUCGAGUCUCGCUUCGUCUGCCAAGUGCCUGACAAAAGUGUGUCGGCUAUUUUAAUCACCCCGCUCGACCCCGGUGACCCUUCCCCUCCUCUUUGUCCUCGGGAAAAAGGUGAAGCGGAGGCAAACAGUAGCACCUUACCUGUUGAGUGUGUGUGUGCGAGUGUGUGUGUGUGUGUGCGAGUGUGAGGAAGGUCGGUUCAUCCUGUGUACUUGUUUCCGUUGCAGUGACUGUCCUGCUGUAGGUGGACAGGCAGCAGGACAUCGUCUUCGUUAACCAGUGGUGUUGCCUAACAUUGUAUUUCAUACUGAUCUCGAUGUUUUUCCCUCUUUUUUUUUUUUUUGUUUUGUUUUUAAUUUAUGGGUAGUGUCGAUAGAGUUGUGCAUUAUUAUGAAGAAUUUUAUGUAUGAUUACAAUGAUUGUUUGAUUGUACGUUUAAAAAAACAAAAAUAUGUAAAAGAUUAAAUUUUGUUUUAAAUUAAAAAGAAAAAAAGAUUCAAGUUGCA